GUGAGCCCCAAAUCAUUUAAAAAACAGUGAAAGCAUGAUGAUGUCUAAUGAUGAUGAUCUCCUUCUAGGGUUUUGCAACUUCUUCGAAGACCCUUCUUCUCUUUCACUUCUCUGAAGUUCAGAUUCGUGUCGGAGAAUUCUUUUUUUCUUUCUAAUGUUACAAUGGCAGACAAGAUAUUCACUUUCUUCCUAAUCUUGUCUUCAGUCUCUACUCUCCUCUGUUCUUCUUUGAGUUCAUCUCUUAAUCUCUCACUAAUAAGACAAGCCAAAGUCCUUGUCUCACUAAAACAAAGCUUUGAUUCCUAUGAUCCUUCUCUUGAUUCUUGGAACAUUCCAAAUUUCAACUCUCUCUGUUCUUGGACUGGCGUCUCUUGUGACACCUUGAACCAGUCCAUUACUCGUCUCGACAUCUCUAAUCUCAACAUCUCCGGCACACUCUCGCCAGAGAUCCUCAAGCUGACGAGUCUAGAGUACUUAAACAUCUCAAACAACGCCUUUGAAGGAGAGCUUGCGCCACUUGAGUUCAGUCGAUUGACUCAGCUCACGACGCUCGACGCUUACGACAACAACUUCAACGGAUUACUUCCUCUGUCUCUAACCAAACUCACUCAACUCGAUUACUUAGACCUCGGAGGAAACUACUUUACCGGUGAGAUCCCUAGACGCUACGGAGGUUUCUUGCGUCUCACGUUACUAUCUUUAUACGGAAAUGACCUAAGUGGGAGAAUCCCUAACGAGUUAGGGAACAUCACAACUCUUCAGAAACUAUACUUAGGCUACUACAACGACUUCCACGGCGGGAUACCAGCGGAUUUGGGGAGAUUGAGCAAUCUUGUUCACUUGGAUUUAGCUAAUUGCAGCUUGAAAGGAUCAAUUCCUUCAGAGUUAGGGAAUCUCAAGAACUUGGAGAUUCUGUAUCUUCAAACCAAUGCACUUACAGGUUCUGUUCCUAGGGAGUUAGGGAACAUGACAAGCCUCAAGACAUUAGAUCUCUCCAACAACUUUCUUGAAGGAGAGAUUCCUCUGGAGCUAUCUGGACUUCAAAAGCUUCAGUUGUUUAACCUCUUCUUCAACAAAUUACACGGCGAGAUUCCUGAGUUUGUAUCUCAGCUUCCUGAUCUUGAAGUUCUCAAGCUUUGGCACAAUAACUUCACUGGAAAGAUUCCUGAGAAUCUUGGCACAAAUGGGAGGUUGGUUGAGAUAGAUUUGUCUACUAACAAGCUGACAGGUUCGAUCCCUGAAUCACUCUGUUUCGGAAGAAACCUAAAGAUUCUCAUUCUCUUCAACAACUUCUUGUUCGGUCCUCUCCCUGAAGAUCUUGGCCAAUGCGAGCCGCUUUGGAGAUUCCGUCUAGGUCAGAACUUUUUGACAGGUAAAUUACCAAAGGGUUUGAUCUAUCUUCCAAAUGUAUCGCUUCUUGAGCUUCAAAACAACUUCUUGACCGGAGAAAUACCAGAAGAAGAGACCGGGAAUGCAAGGUUAUCUAGCCUCACUCAGAUCAAUCUGUCAAACAACCGGUUAACCGGACCGAUCCCUAGUUCAAUCAGGAACCUCAGAAGCCUUCAGAUUCUUCUUCUUGGCUCGAACCGGUUCACGGGACCAAUCCCUGGUGAAAUAGGAAGCUUGAAGAGUCUUCUCAAGAUUGACAUGAGCAGAAAUAACUUCUCUGGCAAGUUACCUUCAGAGUUUGGUGAUUGUCAGUCAUUGACCUACUUGGAUUUGAGUCAUAACAAGAUCUCAGGUCAGAUUCCGGUUCAGAUCUCACAGGUUAGGAUGCUAAACUAUCUGAAUGUUUCUUGGAACUCGUUGAACCAGAGCAUCCCUGUCGAACUCGGAUACUUGAAGAGCUUAACAUCAGCAGAUUUCUCACACAACAACUUCUCAGGUUCAAUACCAACUUCAGGGCAAUUCUUUUACUUCAACAACACGUCAUUCCUCGGAAACCCUUUUCUGUGCGGAUACUCUUCCAACCCUUGCAACGGUUCUCAAAACCAAUCUCAAUCUCAACUUCCCAACCAGAAAAAUGCAAAUUCCCAUGGAGAAAUCUCUGCGAAAUUCAAGCUGUUAUUAGGGUUAGGUCUACUAGGGUUCUUCUUGAUGUUCAUCGUUUUAGCUGUGGUCAAGAAUUGGAGAAUGAGAAGGAGCAACUCGAAUCUAUGGAAGCUCAUAGGGUUUCAACAGCUAGGUUUCAGAAGCGAGCACGUUGUGGAAUGCGUUAAAGAGAACAAUGUAAUCGGUAAAGGCGGUGCAGGGAUUGUCUACAAAGGCUUAAUGCCAAACGGAGAAGAAGUUGCGGUCAAGAAGCUCUUAUCCAUAAGUAAAACAUCAUCUCACGACAACGGUUUAUCCGCAGAGAUUCAGACAUUAGGCAGAAUCAGACACAGGAACAUAGUGAGAUUGCUUGCUUUCUGCUCAAACAAAGACGUGAACCUCCUUGUUUACGAGUAUAUGCCUAAUGGUAGUCUCGGAGAAGUCUUGCAUGGGAAAGCUGGAGUGUUUUUGAAAUGGGAGACGCGGUUGCAAAUAGCGUUGGAAGCGGCUAAAGGAUUGUGUUAUCUUCACCAUGAUUGCUCGCCGCUUAUAAUUCACCGUGAUGUGAAAUCAAACAACAUCUUGUUAGGUCCUGAUUUUGAAGCUCAUGUCGCUGAUUUUGGGCUGGCUAGGUUUAUGAUGCAAGACAAUGGAGCUUCAGAGUGUAUGUCAUCGGUCGCAGGCUCGUACGGCUACAUCGCUCCAGAAUACGCAUAUACAUUGAGAAUAGAUGAGAAGAGUGAUGUGUACAGCUUCGGAGUAGUACUAUUGGAGCUAAUAUCGGGUCGAAAACCCGUAGAUAAAUUUGGAGAAGAAGGGAUAGACAUUGUGCAAUGGUCAAAAAUUCAGACAAAUUGUAACAGACAAGGUGUGGUGAAGAUCAUUGACAAAAGAUUGAGCAAUGUGCCAUUAGGAGAAGCCAUGGAACUGUUCUUUGUGGCAAUGCUAUGUGUUCAAGAACAUAGUGUUGAGAGACCGACCAUGAGAGAAGUUGUCCAGAUGAUUUCUCAAGCUAAACAACCCAAUACUUUCUAAAUCCAGUGAAUUUAUAUAUAUAUGUUAUAUAUUUUUUGGUAUGUUGUAUGUGUUCUAUAGAGUUUCUUAGAAGUGUAAUGAUGGUUGGCGGUGAUAGGAGUUUAUAUUCAGCUGGGGGGGGGGGGGUUACUCCUGACAUUAUAUAUCCAUUCAUGCAGAACUUUAAAGAAGUUCAGACAAUUGUCAAUAAUGAGAAAUAUUAUAUGC